GACUAGUUCAAUUUCCGGUUCGAAACAUCUUUAAAAAUUUAGUUGAGUUUUGUAAGAUUAUGAGAACAAAGAAAGAUUUUAUUCGAAUAUUUUAAUUUUAACCAAAGUGUCUUUAUGUAAGCUUCUUGCAGAUGUAAGGAUUUGAAACAUACUUCUGGUAUUGGUCCACAGAAUCAGUCCCAAAUAUGGGGCUUCUUUUUACAAAACUUUGGAGUUUCUUCACAAAUGAAGAGCACAAGGUGAUCAUAGUUGGCUUAGACAAUGCAGGGAAAACCACAAUUUUAUACCAAUUUUUAAUGAAUGAGGUUGUACAUACGUCCCCCACCAUAGGAAGCAAUGUAGAAGAGGUAGUCUGGAAAAAUAUCCAUUUCCUCAUGUGGGACAUAGGUGGCCAGGAGUCACUUCGCUCAUCUUGGAAUACAUAUUAUACAAAUGCUGAGUUCAUCAUUCUAGUGAUAGAUAGCACAGACAGGGAGAGAUUAAUGAUAACUAGGGAAGAGUUGUACAGAAUGUUAUCUAAUGAGGAGCUAAGGAAAGCAGCUGUGCUGAUAUUUGCCAACAAGCAAGACAUUAAAGGUUGUAUGUCUCCCGCUGAAAUCUCACAGCAGUUGAAUUUAACAUCAAUAAAAGACCACGGUCAUCAUAUACAGGCCUGCUGUGGUUUAACUGGGGAAGGGCUAUAUCUUGGAUUAGAAUGGAUUGCCAAUCAGCUCAAGAGGUGAUACAACCAUACACUAGGACAUUAUCAACAUUCAUAGCCUCCAUAUGGGGAAAUUGUUAAAUGGUGGCCAUGUUUUGAAAAAUAACAUGGAGUUGAGUGGCAAAGAUGGAAAUCAGGAAGGAUUAUAAACAAGUAUACCUGCAUUCAGGCAUAUACAGUAAAACCUGUCUGAAGUGAACACUUUUUCGAUCAGCUGAAAGUGUUUUGUGGUUUCAGUAACCUAUGAGUCAUAGCCAG